CUGCAGGCAGCGCAGCGUACGUGUAUUGCUAUUGCAGGAGGACAUUACACGUGCCCCGACGCGGAGAGAGCGAAGGAGGAACGAGAAGCCUGCAACGGCAACGAGCAGAGGACCGCCACUUGCGCCACCCUCCCCCUGCCCCCUCCAUCUCGCCAAGCCACCCGUUGCCGCGCGCGCGCUCAUCCCUCCCCCCUCUUUUAGCCAAUCUGCGACCCGCCCUCCCGCACAGGUGUUGCAGCGUCGUCGUUGGAUCGCCGGAGUUAGGCAGGCAGGCAGGCAUGGAGGGGAAGAGCGUCGUGAUGUCGGCGUUGGGCAUCGGGAUCGGGGUCGGGGUGGGGCUGGGGCUGGCGUCCGCGCCCUGGGCCGGCGGCGGGGGAGGGACCGCGCGGGCCGGGGUCACGGUCGAGCGGGUGGAGCAGGAGCUCAGGCGACUCGUGGUCGACGGCGCCGAAAGCAAGGCCACCUUCGACGAGUUCCCAUACUACCUCAGUGAGCAAACACGUGUUGUGCUGACAAGCGCUGCGUACGUUCACUUAAAGCAAGCAGAAAUCUCUAAAUACACCAGAAAUCUUGCUCCAGCUAGUCGUGCAAUUCUGCUGUCAGGCCCUGCAGAGCUUUACCAGCAGAUGCUCGCCAAGGCGCUUGCGCACUAUUUUGAAGCAAAAUUGCUCUUGCUAGAUCCUACAGAUUUUCUUAUAAAGAUCCAUAGCAAAUAUGGCACUGGUGGCAGCACAGAGCCGCCGUUUAAAAGGUCCAUCUCUGAGACAACGCUAGAACGUGUGUCCGGAUAUAUUGGAUCUCUUUCAAUUCUUCCACAAAAGGAGCAAACCAAAGGAGCUAUACGUAGACAAAGCAGCAUGACAAACAUGAAACUAAGGAGUUCUGAAAGUAUGAGCAGCUUAUCGAAGCUCAGAAGAAAUGCAUCUACUUCAUCCGAUAUGAGUAGCCUGUCAUCUCAGGGCUCUUCAAGUAAUCCAGCUCCUCUCAGACGUGCUAGCAGCUGGACUUUUGACGAGAAAAUUUUAGUACAAGCGGUGUACAAGGUUCUUCUUUCAGUAUCUAAGAAGAGCCCAAUUGUACUCUACAUAAGAGAUGUUGAGAAGUUUCUUCAGAAGUCCCCAAAAAUGUAUCUCCUGUUUGAAAAAUUACUAAACAAACUUGAAGGGCCAGUACUAGUCCUCGGCUCAAGGAUUGUAGAAAUGGAUAGUGAUGAAGAGUUGGACAAAAGACUAACUGUUUUAUUUCCAUAUAAUAUCGAAAUCAAGGCACCUGAAAAUGAGAACCAUCUUGUAAGUUGGAACUCCCAAUUAGAAGAAGACAUGAAGAUGAUUCAAUUUCAAGAUAACCGGAAUCAUAUUACAGAAGUCCUCGCAGAAAAUGACCUCGAGUGUGAUGAUUUGGGCUCAAUAUGCCUAUCUGAUACAAUGGUCCUUAGUAAGUACAUAGAGGAGAUUGUGGUAUCUGCAGUUUCUUAUCACAUGAUGAAUAACAAAAAUCCGGAGUACCGAAAUGGAAAAUUAGUUCUAUCUACAGAAAGCUUGUCCCAUGCAUUGGAAAUUUUUCAAGAGAACAAGAUGAGUGAUAAGGACACCGUGAAGUUGGAAGUGACUGGUGAUGCUUCAAAGGUUGCUGAAAAGGGGAUUGCUCCAACUGCUGCAAAAAAAUCAGAAACAAAACCUGCAAAUUCGCUGCUACCGGUACGUCCUCCUGCUUCUGCUGCUUCCACUGCUGCUGCUGCUGCUGUUGAGAGCAAACCAGAACCAGAGAAAUUGGAGAAGAAGGAUAAUCCCCCUCCAGCUGCAAAAGCACCGGAAGUGCCACCAGAUAAUGAGUUUGAAAAGCGUAUCAGACCAGAAGUGAUACCUGCUAAUGAAAUCGGAGUUUCAUUUGAUGAUAUUGGUGCCUUAGAUGAUAUCAAAGAAUCCCUUCAAGAGCUUGUCAUGCUCCCUCUUCGACGGCCUGACCUCUUCAAAGGGGGUCUUCUUAAGCCUUGCAGAGGUAUAUUACUUUUCGGUCCUCCGGGAACUGGUAAGACGAUGCUGGCCAAGGCUAUUGCAAAUGAAGCUCAAGCAAGUUUUAUAAAUGUCUCUAUGUCAACUAUCACGUCAAAGUGGUUUGGUGAAGACGAAAAGAACGUUAGAGCAUUGUUCACAUUAGCUGCUAAAGUAUCACCAACUAUCAUUUUUGUCGAUGAAGUUGAUAGCAUGCUUGGGCAGCGGAACAGAGCUGGAGAGCAUGAGGCAAUGAGAAAGAUCAAGAAUGAGUUUAUGACACACUGGGAUGGCCUCUUGUCAAGACCAGAUCAAAGAAUUCUUGUUCUUGCUGCGACCAAUCGGCCUUUCGAUCUUGAUGAGGCUAUCAUUCGUAGGUUCGAGAGAAGAAUCAUGGUUGGUCUGCCGUCAAUGGGAAGUCGGGAAUUGAUUAUGAGGAGGCUUUUGUCAAAGGAGAAAGUUGAUGAAGGGCUGGACUUUAAGGAGCUAGCAACCAUGACAGAAGGAUAUAGUGGCAGUGAUCUCAAGAACCUGUGCACCACGGCAGCAUAUCGCCCUGUGAGGGAGCUGAUCCAGAAGGAAAGAAAGAAGGAGCUGGAGAAGAUGAAGCGUGAAAAAGGAGAAACUCCAUCAGAUCUUCCAAAGAAGAAAGAAAAGGAGGAGGCAAUCAUUCUAAGGCCAUUAAACAUGACAGAUUUGAAAGAAGCAAAGAACCAGGUGGCAGCAAGUUUUGCUGCUGAAGGUGCCAUAAUGAGUGAACUGAGGCAAUGGAAUGAGUUGUAUGGUGAAGGAGGCUCCAGAAAGAAGCAACAACUGACAUACUUCCUCUGAACUAUCUGAAUGUCACACGCAGAAUGUAUGAACAUGAUUUGAAAACUAGGGUAGAUGAGAAAAAAAGCCAUGAGGAUGAAUGGGUGGUGUUGGGGGGCAAGAAAUCUGGCUAGAAAAGCUGGUUCAAACAUGAAAGAACACUUUAUAUCCACCUAAAUUGAAGUUUGCCUGUGCAGGUUGUUGUAUACACUAAUAAUGAAUCUGCGGUGCAGUUUUUCUUU